ACAUUCUCUUCUUCAUAAUCUCCAUAACCAACCCAUUCUUUCUUUCUCAAAACUCACAUCACCAUCAUCAUGCAUCAAGCAAUUCCUUACAUGUCACUUCACAAUAACUACAACUUUGGUAAUAUUAAUGAAAAAUAUUGUUAUAACAAGAAGAAGGAGGAGAAGGUGAAUCGUCUUUCUAUGCUGAAAAUGGUUUCUGAGAAAGCUGUGAUAGUCAUUGGAAGACACGGUUGCUGCAUGACUCAUGUGGUGAAACGUCUUCUACAGAGUCUAGGUGUUAACCCUGGGAUUCAUGAGGUGGAGGAAGAGAAAGAUGAAGUGCGUGUUGCUAAAGAAUUGGAAUCCAUGAUUGAAGGGAAAGAUAAUGUGCAGUUUCCGAUGGUGUUUAUAGGUGGUAAGUUGUUUGGUGGAUUGGAUCGUGUUAUGGCUACUCAUAUUUCUGGUGAAUUGGUCCCGUUGCUUAAACAAGCUGGAGCUUUGUGGCUAUGAUCAUCAUUGUUUUCUUGUUUUUGAUUAAUUAAUACUCUAUUUAGUUGAAGAAAACAAGUAUAGUAUUGACUUAGUCUUCAAUUUGGCUAGCUAAUUUCAGGAUGUAAAUUUGUAAUAUUGUUUUAGUUAAUUAAAAAUGCCGCCGCCAAUGUUCACGAUUGCUCA